AUGUAUAUAAAAGAAUGUGUUCUCCUGUUUGUUAUCUUUGGUGUCGUUUCAAUACACUCUGAGUGUGAACAUGGGUGGGUGCAGUUCAAGGAGAACUGCCUCCAUUUCAACGGUGCGAGAACCAACUGGAAUCAAGCGGAGAUAGAGUGUAAAAAGUUACACGGAUGGCUCGCUUCUGACGAUUCACAGGAAAAGCACGACUUCCUUUUUACAAUUGCGAACGUCCUAAAAACGAUCAGAAUCUACCCAUUUUACGUCGGUGCGACCGACUUCAUCUUUGAAGGGCAGUACCGUUGGGUAGAGACCGGACAAUACGUGGGACCCUUCACAAAGUGGGAUAUUGGAAACCCUAACGGAAACUGGACUGACAAUUGUCUAAUGCUAAACUGGACUGCUACGGAGGACGAGCUUGUCUGGCAGGAUGAACGGUGCAGCAACAGCCACUAUUUCAUUUGUGAAAAAUUAAGCAACGCAACCACACCAGUUGUCGGCAAGUAAAGCGAAAUCUUUUCAUUUACAAAUCACUG